AUGUCUCUCUUCAGGGCAUUAAAGAAAACGUGCUCAGUAAUCAAAAAGAGCCUCUUCUCCAGAGAAACGACUGAAGGAAUGAGAAUGGAAACCACAAAGAUUAAUAUGUCUCGCGUCCCGCUGGUUAAUGGAGGCAUCAACACUGCCAUGCUCAAGGCACACAAACCCCGUGUGAUGUCCAAAAGUGGUCACAGCAAUGUGCGGAUAGACAAAGUUGAUGGCAUUUACCUACUCUACCUUCAAGAUUUGUGGACUACAGUUAUAGACAUGAAGUGGAGGUACAAACUCACCUUAUUUGCUGCUACUUUUGUUAUGACCUGGUUCCUCUUUGGAGUUAUCUACUAUGCCAUUGCAUUCCUUCAUGGUGAUUUAGAAAUAAACAAGUUCACCCCAAAGCGUGAGCCAUGUGUCAAGAACGUAGACUCUCUGACUGGGGCAUUCCUCUUCUCCCUGGAGUCACAGACAACUAUUGGCUAUGGAUUUCGUUUCAUUACAGAGGAGUGUCCUCAUGCCAUUUUCUUACUUGUGGCCCAACUGGUCAUCACCACCUUGAUUGAAAUAUUCAUCACAGGUACCUUUCUAGCCAAAAUUGCAAGACCUAAAAAAAGGGCAGAGACUAUUAAAUUCAGCCACUGUGCUGUCAUUACUAAACACAAUGGAGAACUUUGCCUAGUGAUCAGAGUAGCAAAUAUGAGGAAGAGCCUUCUGAUACAGUGUCAGUUGUCUGGGAAGCUUCUUCAGGUUGACUCCUCUUCAGAGAGUCCAUUUCUCAUUUUGCCUUUAACCUUCUACCAUAUUUUGGAUGAAAGCAGCCCUUUGAGAGAUCUCACACCUCAAAAUCUCAAGGACAAGGACUUUGAGCUUGUGGUGCUCCUGAAUGCCACGGUGGAGUCCACCAGUGCUGUCUGCCAAAGCAGGACUUCGUACAUUCCUGAGGAGAUCCACUGGGGCUACGAGUUUGUGCCUGUGGUUUCUCUCUCGCCAAAUGGAAAGUAUGUUGCAGAUUUCAGUCAGUUUGAGAAGAUUCGGAGAAGCACAGAUUCCACGUUUUAUAGUGUGGACUCUGAAAAACAGAAACUAGAGGAGAAAUACAGGCAGGAGGAUCAAAGAGAGAGGGAACUGAGAACGAUGUUGUUACAGCAGAGCAAUGUUUGA